AUGAAGAAAUUGAGAAUGACUACACCACACUAUAUUAUAUACGUUCUUUUAAAUACACAGAAGAGAAUACGCUACUUCAUUGACUCGACUGUCUUGAAGCAAUUGAGAUGCAAUGGUGUCUUGGAAGGUAUUAGAAUUACUCGUCUUGGGUAUCCAAACAGAAUCAUCUACAACGAAUUCUUGAAGAGAUACUUUUUUCUUGGAACUAACAUCAACAAGAAGUCUUCAGGUGCUAUGCCAGUAGUCAAGGAUCUCAUGAAACUAUUUUGUGAGAAGUACAAGAAACAAGCCAAGAGUGAACACUGGCAAAUUCAAAACAGAGUCACUGAACUUGUCGGUGGUCUUCAUGUGUGUGUAAAAGCCAUCUCACAAAGAAAGCUUAUUGAACAGAAACGUAAUGAACAGAUUGCUAUUAAUGUCAUUCAAGACACCAUUCACACUUGGUACCAAUUCAGAAAUUGGGUCUGGUUCAGAUUGUUACAAAAGGUCCAACCAACACUUAAGAGAAGAAGAAAGCUUGUUGAUAAAAAAAAUAAGAAGAGAGAAGUCGCUGAGAAGGCACUUUCUGAAAUGAAAAUCAAGAACGUCGACUUGGAAGCUUUAGUUGAAGAACUUAAAGAAGAUAUUGAGCCAAAGAAGGUUUCUCUUGACAAGGCCGAUAUAAAGUCACGAGAAGAACAAGAACACAUUGAGGAACUCCAAGCUGAUAAUCAAAGACUUCAAGACGGAAUUAUUGAACACAAAACGACUAUUGCUAAGAAGGACAGUGUUAUCACCGAGUUGAACAAAGACAUUGAAGAUAUGGAAAGCGAAAUUUCUGACUUGAAGAAGCAGUUAGUGGCCGAAGAAGACAAUUCAAAGAAUCUUGAGACACAAUUGCACGAGAAGGAAGACGAUAUUGCCGAUUUGGAGAAACAAACAAAGACUGCUGCUUUGACUUCGGCCAAGAAUGCAAAUGAUAAAAAGAUUUCAUUAUUGAACUCAGAGAAAGACGAGUUAGAAGAUAAAAAUAGAAAACUUGAUGAGUUGAUUAAGAAAAUUGAAGACGGACUGAAUGACUCUGACAUGUUGAAAGCACAGAAAGCCGACUACGAAGCCCAAAUCCAAGCGUUGAAAGAUGAUAUGGAGAAGACUGGAAAAGACUUGGCUGGUGCCAAAUCGAAUAUGCAUCAAAAAGACGUUGAAAUUAAUAACUUGAAUGAACAACUUGCCUAA